AUGGCUUUGAAACCCUCACUAUCUCUCAUUGUACCGGGCUGUUUGCUUUUGCUAAGCACCUUUCCGAUUUGGAACUGGGUUACCAACCCAGUGUCAUGUCUCAACAACAGUCUCGUCUCCAUUUUCGGUGGAUCUCCCCUGCUUCCCGACGAUUAUGUGUGCACUCAAGAGUAUAGCAUUGAGCUUCUCUCUGUUGAUCCAUUGGUCAUAUAUGUCAAUGGAUUUGUCAAGGAUCAUGAAAUCAACCACCUUAUAUACAAAACGAAGGAUGACUUCACCCCAUCUUACGUCUAUGACUACAAAGCGGAGAAAAACAAGAUCGCAUCAGAAGUCAACUCAACUUGGAGAAGUUCUACUUCUGCCAUGGUUUCCAAAAAGGAUCCCGUGUCUCGUUGUUUGGCCAAGCGGCUGAAGUCAUUGAUGGGAAACCUUCAGCAUCCCGACACAGAACGACUGCAACUUGUCAAGUACGCUGGAGGGGAGCGGUUUCGUAUGCACAACGACUACCUACCGGUGCAUCUUGAGGCCAAGCACCCGGAUGGCAGCACUAAAAAGUACAACCGCCUCGUCAGUACCUUCAUCUACAUUGGAGACGACUGUACUGGGGGGGAAACGUACUUCCCAGAUAUCAAAGGCGUCGGCCCAAGCGCUGAUGGAGACAAGUUUUCGAGGACAGAGGAUGGCAUGGGCUUAUUGGUGAAGCCAAAGAAGGGAAACGCGGUGGUAUGGCACAAUGUCCAUCAGAAUGGAACUGGGGACGAGAGAAUGGCCCACGCAGGUUUACCUGUUCUGAAUGGCACAAAGAUUGGCAUGAAUCUGUUUGGCAUUUACUACCCGGACGAACCACUUGUUGGCGGAAACUAA